UUUAAGAGCUCGGAGCUCGUCAUUGGGAGAUCGAUCCAUCACUUUCUUAUUUGUUCUGCAAGAGGGUUGAAGAAGUACGGACUCCAUCUUCGAUUUUCGCUGGCGCAGAAGACCUCGAAGCCAGCUCCUCCUCGCCCUCCCCCUCCUGCCUUCGCUUUCGACGGCGACGACGACGAGGAUGAUAUCGAGAGGGAAAUCUCACGGCAGGCGUCCAAGAACAAGUCUCUCCGGAAGAUCGAGGAGCAACACAAAAAGGCAAUGGAAGAGGAUCCCUCGGUCUUCGACUACGACGGGGUUUACGACGAGAUGAAAGGGAAGAUUGCGCACCCUAAGGUGAAAGAUCGAACGGAGAGAAAGUCAAAGUAUAUAGAAACACUUAUGGAGAAAGCAAAACAACGUGAGGGGGAACAUGAAAUUGUAUAUGAGAGGAAGCUGCUGAAAGGGAGGAGCAAGGAUGAUCACCUUUUUGUGGAUAAGGAAAAGUUUGUAAUCGGUGCCUACAAGAAAAAGAUAGCAGAACAAGAAAAAUGGUUGGACGAAGAGAGGCUGCGCCAAAUUCGUGAAGAAAGAGAUGAUGUAACCAAGAAGAGUGACUUGAGCGAUUUUUACUUUGGGCUCGGUGAGAAUGUAGCUUUUGGUGCUCAAUCAGAAGAUGCCACAAAACGAAAGGAACAAAAGCCACCCGGAGGCACUUCAGCGGUACCUGAACAUGGCCCUACUGAGAAGAAUGCACAGACAGAUUAUACUCGGGAUAUAGAGAAAGUUGAUACUCAAGCCAAGACUUCUAGUCAUACACAGAACAACUCUGAGCAAGCUGCAGAGUUAACAACAUCAGAUGUAACUGUAAAAGGUUACGAUGAUGGUGAUAAAUUGGCAGCUGUGGAUCAAUCAACUGAACGUUACACGAGAGGUGAUGACGCAUUGGCUUAAGCAAGAGAGCGUUUUCUAACUCGAAAGAGAGCAAGACAGCAGUUGGAAAGCAGUUGUUUCGUCUCUAUUUAGCACUUAUAUCUGGAGUUAAAAUUGGUAUUCUCUGAUGCCAUUUAUAGUAACCUCAUCGGUUAUUUAG